AUGUCCACAGCAAAGUAUCAGGAAAGAAAUAACACAGCGAUGGAAUUUUUUGAGCGAUCCGAAGAAUGGAGUCUCUUGCAUUUUCUAAAGUAUCUUGACUCAGUAGAGAGUUUGAACGACUGUUCUGAAGCACAUCAUAAGUAUAAGCUUCUUUUGACUAGCAUUAAGGAUGAUAAAGAAGUGUCAAAAGAAAAAAGGAAAAAGGCCGAACAAGCAUUAGGAAGGAGGAAGGAGUGUCGGUUGAGGCUGAAGAACCCUGCCAUCGAGGUGAAUGAAUCUCGCUCUUCCGAGAUCAAAGAAUUUUGGCGAGAAAGAAAUCUUCGAAUUGUUCUUAAGGAAAAGACUGUGAGAAGUACCGAAAAAAUUAUCGACCAAAUUAAUACAGUACAAGAUGAAGCGAGCGAUGUUUUAGUUCUCGGUAAGAUGGACAAUCUAAGGAGACUACGAUCAAAAAUUGAUAAUAACGAAGAAGAUGGUUGCUCAAACAAACGUAAACGUGGAAUGGAAAAGAAUGAAACUGAACGGCCACAAACUCCGGAAGCUAAAGAAGAACCUUCAACUAUGGUACUGAGAGAACAAAAAAAGGUUUGCUAUGCUGAGAGCUCAACAGAAACGGAUUCACCGAAAUCAGAUUACGAAGAAUUUAAGGAUAAAAAUGAAUCUACAGAAAAACAAUAUAUCCGUAAAGUUUUUGAUUCCCGCGAAGGUACACCUUGUACCACAUCAUAUGAAGUCACAAACCCGAUCAUCGUGACUCCAAAUAAGCCUGUUAUAACGAACGCAUCAUACAAUCAAUACUCUAUGCAUAUGAUUUGUGCUUUUGGGUCAACAUUACAUCUUGUCAAAGAAACAACUGACAAGCAAUUAUAUGAAGAAAUUGAGAAAAUUAUUAAAAUGCGAAAUAAAUCAGUCCUAAGUAGUUCAAUAGUUAAAAAACUUGAAGUAAUUUUACAGUCGGAUUAUUCAACAAUUGUAUCCAAGAUAAUAGCAGAGACAGAAGUUGAAGACAAUGAAAUAACAGAAGAUGCUAGGAGUAUGUCUGAAAGAACAUACAUUGUAGAGUGUAUUUCCCCAAUUCUUCGAGCUUUUAGAAAUUCUUUUCCUGAUAUAGAAUAUGAAUGGAUAGAAAAAGUAGUUAGAUCAAUAAAAGACGCGACCGAAAUUUUAGAUAUUGAAGUUUCCGGGCCACCAUUUAAUUCUACUAAAAAACACACUGUAGGGGAUGCAAAAAAGCUUCUUUUGUUAUCUGUUUGCAGUUUAUGCAAAAUACUUGCCAACAAUUUUGAUUGUUUGAUUGAAGAUGCAAAGCAAAAAUAUUUGGCUAUUGAAUUAGCCUCGUGCAUAAUACCUUUUUCAUUUGACGCUAUCUCAUGCUAUGCAAGAAUUUUUAACUUUUUUGCAAUAAUCCGAAACGAAUUUGUUAAGCAAGAAAAAAUACAAAAAAAGAUUCGUUCAUUUAUUCCUUUAGCUGAUAAUAAUAAUGAAGAUUUACGAGAGUGGGUGCAUCAACCCGAUGCUGAUUUAACAAUUGUAACUGAAGAUGAUAUAGAUGAACUCUUCUUGUGA